CAGUUUCCCGCCCCCCUACCCCAGCCAUAACUAUCGCAUUCCCGCCUUCCCUUCUUGCCAAAGUUCUGAGGCGGAAAUUGAAAAGGGAGAGGAAAAUCAGUAGGCAAUUAUUUGAAGAAAUGGAGAGAGGCGGCGGCGGCGGCGGCGGAGCAGCUCCCACAGGGUGUUACAAGUGCGGCCGCCCCGGCCAUUGGUCAAGGGACUGCCUUUCCCAUCCAAGCAAUGGCAAUAACCCUAACUCGACUUCUACUUCCCUUCCGAAUUCUUUUGCGUCCAAUCGCAGAUCCACGCCGAACGCUUCCAACUCCGGCGCCGGAGGUAGUUCCCUUCUCAAACCCAAGGCAGUCCCGAGGACGCGCCCCAAACUCACUGCAGAUUCCCUUCUAUCUGACGAUGGAAUCGGUCACGUCCUGCGCCACUUUCCUCGAGCUUUCAAGUACCAUGGUCGCGGGCACGAGGUGUCUGAUCUAGGAAACCUAAUUGGAUUAUAUUCUGAUUGGCACUCACGUGUACUUCCCUACUACUCAUUCGAUCAGUUUGUACAUAAGGUUGAGAAAAUUGGUGCCUCAAAGCGUGUCAAGUUAUGUUUGAGAAAUUUACGUGAAAAAGUUGCUAAUGGAGUUGACCCGGCCAAGCUUCAAGAGAAUGAAGCUCAAGAACAGAUCUCAAAUGAAGAACAAGAGAAUAUGAACUUAGAUGAGCCAAGUUCUCUGCAGAAAGAUGCUGAAACUAAUCUUGAGGGAGAUGGAUUUCAGCAAGAAAUGAAUCAUGUGUGGGAUAGCAUAGUGAAAGAAGCAAGUCCUCUUCCUCCUCAUCAGCCGCAGGGUAUGAGUAGUGAUGAGAGUGGAAGUAGCAAGGAGGCCCAGAGAGGUGAUGUGGCAAGUGAGGAGGUAAAAGGCGGUUCAUCGAGCAAUGAAAUCUCAGAGGAGCAAAGAGCUCGCAUGGAGGCUAACAAGCUCAAGGCAUUGCAGAAAGCGGCUGCUGCUCGCGCCGCUCGUACUGCCCCACUCUAGAGACUCAUGCCCGCACUAUACACUAGCUGUUAUCCAUUUAUCCUUCUCUUUCUCCCCUAGCAUAUCCCUUCUAUAUAUGUGCAUAAGUUAUUCUAUUGUAUUCUGAGAUUGCAAAAUUGUACUUUGGAUAAUAAAGCGACAUUCUCCCU